AUGUCAAGAGCAGGCUCUGAUGCCAAACCAGAGCCUGUUGGGGUCAGUCAGAUUCAGGGUCCUCACUGCGCCAUUGCGAUAGGAGCUGAUUUAAACAGGAGAGCCUGGAGCGAUAACGUUCAGUGGAAGGCUCCUUGGCUCGGGGAUAGCAUGUUACUGCUCGCGCUAUGGGUAGUGUGCCUCGCGGCACCUGCAUUCUCCCUAACAGCUGAGGAAGAAGCUCGGCAAUUUCUGAACAGGUUCAACACGGAAGCCGAGAAACUGGUCUACCAAUCCUCACUGGCAUCAUGGGCGUACAACACCAAUAUCACAGACGAAAACGCUUUGCAAAUGAACAUCGCUGGCGGGGUGUGGUCCAAAUUUUACCAAAACGCCUCAGACGAAGCGAGUAAGUUUCCCAUCAGUGAGAUAAAGGACAAACUAAUCAAACUGCAGCUCUCGAUGCUUCAGGAUAAAGGCUCUGGUGUCUUACCAGCAGAUGAAUACAGCAAGCUGACACAAAUUCUGAAUGAAAUGGUCACGAUCUACAGCACAGGAAUCGUCUGCGAUCCAGCUGAACCCAGUCACUGCAUGGAAUUGGAGCCAGGGUUGACCGUUCUGAUGGCCGAGAGCAAGGAUUACAACGAGAGGCUCUGGGCCUGGGAAGGUUGGCGGGUGAACGUGGGCAAAAGACUCCGGCCACUCUAUGAGGGAUACGCAACUUUGAAGAACAAAGCGGCCAGAUUGAAUGGUUAUGAGGACUAUGGCGAUUAUUGGCGAGGAAACUACGAAACCGAUGACGUUGGAGUGUACGCCUACAGUCGGAACGAUCUCCUGAAAGAUGUGGAUAGGCUACUUGAAGAGAUAAUGCCCCUGUACAAGGAACUGCAUGCGUAUGUGAGAGCAAAACUCCAAGAUACCUUUGGGCCAGAACGUAUCAGCUCUACAGGAUGUCUCCCAGCUCACUUACUGGGUGACAUGUGGGGAAGAUUUUGGGGAAACCUGUAUCCUUGGUCGAUUCCAUACCCAGAGCAGGAAGAUAUCGAUGUGACCUCUGAAAUGAUAAAACAGGGAUGGGAUCCAAAACAAAUGUUUCAGAGCGCAGACACCUUCUUUCAAUCAUUGGGCCUUCAGCCUAUGAAUUCGAACUUCUGGAAUUAUUCCAUGAUUGAGAAGCCUACUGAUGGCCGUAAAGUUGUCUGUCAUCCAACAGCGUGGGAUAUGGGCAACAGAGUGGAUUUCAGGAUUAAAAUGUGCACCAAAGUGAACAUGGAAGACUUCUUAACUGUCCACCAUGAAAUGGGUCACAUACAGUACGACAUGGAGUACGCUCACCUACCCUACUUAUUACGCGACGGGGCCAAUGAAGGCUUCCAUGAGGGUGUAGGGGAGAUCAUGUCACUCUCAGCAGCUACUCCCAAAUAUCUGAAAUCACUGGGUCUUCUUUCCAGUUCUUUCAUUGAAACAAAUGAGAUUGACAUCAACUUCCUGUUGAAGCAAGCAUUGACUAUUGUGGGUACCCUGCCUUUCACAUACAUGAUGGAGCAGUGGCGUUGGGAAAUGUUCCGAGGAAACAUACCCAAAGAUCAGUGGAUGAAAAAGUAUUGGGAAAUGAAGCGGAGGAUUGUUGGUGUUGUUGAGCCUCUACCGCAUGAUGAAACCUACUGCGAUCCGGCCGCUCUCUACCAUGUUUCCAAUGAUUACUCCUUCAUCAGGUACUAUACAAGGACAAUCUACCAGUUCCAGUUUCACGAAGCGCUGUGUAAGGUCACUGGCCACGAAGGAGAACUGCACAAAUGUGCCAUCACCAACUCCGCACCAGCGGGCAAGAAACUCAGUGACAUGCUGAAAUUAGGGAAGUCUGAAUCCUGGACUAGAGCUCUCGAGAAGGUAACCUCUCAAACCAGAAUGGAUUCCACGCCACUGCUGAACUAUUUCCAACCCUUGUAUGCCUGGCUGAAGAAAAACAACGCAGACAAUGGCCGGACCGUCGGGUGGGAUGUCAACUGGAGCCCAUAUGAAAAGGAUGCAAUUAAAGUGCGGAUUAGUUUGAAGGCAGCCCUUGGACAGAAUGCUUACCCCUGGGACAUGAGCGAGAAGUACUUUUUCCGGUCAACUGUCGCCUUUUCCAUGAGGAAGUACUGGGAGGAGUCAAGAAAUCAGCUCAUCAACUUCGAGAUGAAGAAUGUUUAUAUAUUCAAUGAAACAGAAAGAAUCUCCUUUUAUUUCAUUGUUGUGAAUCCAAAGAACCUCUCUGAAAUUAUUCCAAAGGCAGAGGUGGCACAAGCUAUCAGGAAGAACAGGGAGCGGUUUAACAGUGCUUUUCUGUUGAACGAUAAGACCCUUGAGUUUAUUGGCAUUCCGCCAACGCUAGCCCCGCAAAAGGAGGCCACAGUGGCAGUGUGGCUGAUCGUCUUUGGGGUUAUCAUUGGCCUGGUGUGCAUUGGAUUAACCAUCCUGAUCAUCGGUGGCAUUCGGGCAAGAAGACACAGAAAAUCACGUGACGCAGAGGACAAUGAACUUCAAAAGACCAAAGAUUUACCUGCAGUGGUUCCUGAGGAGAUUGAGUUUGAGAAGGGGAUUAAAAAUCCAGCUUUCACCACAGAUACAUUGAGCACGGAGAUGUAGACUCAACCAAUCCCAGAUGUUGCUAAUUCUACUUGGUCUGCCUUUGUAAGUUAUGGAAUUGUGUACUGAAGCUUCUCAUGCAGUUCAAUUACUACAGUUAGUAUCUGGUAACAGAAUUAGCUCAAAUUUUACAAAGUUUUGACUGUUUAGUCCAGAUUUACUCAACUCCAAUGAGCCUAUUGGAUCCCAAUAAAGAGGUACCAUUCCUCUGUGAAGCUGUUAAUCAGGGCCUCCGAUACCAAGAGACAAAUAAUCUUAUUGUAAAAUAUUCAGUGUAGACUUCCCAAUAUGUCAUCACAGGUAUUAGCCACUAGUUCCCAUUGGCAGUUCACCUUGAUGUGAACACAGGGAACAGUAUUUGUAAAUCGACAGCAGUGACAGAACAGGAUAUCUGGCUGAUUUCAUGACCAGAGUCAAGAUUAGAGUGGUGCUGGAAAAACACAGCAGGUCAGGCAGCAUCUGAGGAGCAGCCCCACUUGCUGUGCGUUUCCAGCCCCACUCUAAUCUCGACUCUAAUCUCCAGCAUCUGCAGUACCCACUUCUGCCCUGUUGAUUCUAUGACCACCUAGCGACAACCACUGAAUCCUGUCCAUUAUUUGCCUGGAGUCAAGGAGGAUGACAGAAUCUGGCCCACACGACUUCCCUCUCCGGUUUAAUACAGUAAGGAUCAGUAAAGGUGAAUGAAUUCAAGGUCCCUAAAAUGUUCAUUUCUUAGACUAAAGCUGACCCAGGCUAUCAAAUACAUUGGAUCCCAUGGAGUGUUGAUUUCAAAUAAUAGACUCCCUUCAUUGUGGCCUAAAUCUGCUGUAAUGGUUCAAGACAAAUAAAGACAUAAAGGC